CUUUUGCUUUUCACUUUUCGCAUAGAUUUGGAAUAACUCUCAAUUAAAUUAUUAUGCAUCAUGAAGCCGGAAGUAGUAUUAAUUAUAACUUAAAUUAAUUAAUUAAUUAUGUCAAAUGUUUGAUAGCAAUAAAAAUGAAUUCAUUAAGAGCGAUUUCUAUAACUAAAAGUUGGCCAGUACAGCUAAGUCGAAUAAAUUACAAAUCGACAAAUGUAAAAAAAGAAGAAUUGAUAGAAAAAAUUAAAAUGAAAACGCCUAUUGGUAAACUGGAUGAAUUAGAAUCCGGUAAGCAUCCAUUUCAAGAGAAGCAACCACUUAAAGAAUGGCCUGAAGGGCGUAAUCCAACGACAGGUGAAAAAAAUGGUCCAAAAGGGCCAGAACCUACAAGAUAUGGAGAUUGGGAACGAAAAGGAAGAGUUACUGAUUUUUAAAUAAACAAAUAAAAAUAUAAAUUAAUAAAUAAUAUGUUUAUUAUUGAUAUUUUAUAAUAGGUAAAUAGUUGUAAAUUCAAAAGUGUAUCUUUGUAGAUUAAAAGUAAAAAAAAAAUUCCAAAUAAAGUAUUUUGCAAAUCAAAGAAAAAAAAAUUACUUUAAUGUUAAUAAAAAAAAACGUCUAUUCCUAAGUAAGUUCAACAGUAAAAAAUACAUCUGUUUUAUAAAUUACAUUUGAAGUUAACAAAUUAGUCAUCUGUUUUAGAUAAUCCCAUGGCGUCUUUCAUCAUAAAGUUUCUUAACGCCCACAGCGCGUUAAGAACAUUUCCAUGGUUACCGAUACCUUUCCCUAACCACUGAGCAGCUGGGAGAGAAUUUGGAUCGUCGGGUCCUUUAGUAUUUUCUUGUGUAGCGUAAAGUUGCCGUUCCCAACUGGGCUUACUAUCAAGAUUCAAACUUUCAAUAUAUCUAUAAUAAAUAACAUGUAAUAAAUUUACAACAAUGUAUAAAAAGGAUGAGAAUAAAUGCACUUUACCGGA